UUCCUGAGAAAAGUGCCCUCUCGCGGGCGACUCACCGCCGCGUUUUUGCGCUCGACUUCAAGCUUCAGCACUUUCUUCGACUGAAAUCGAUUUUUGUCGAGCCGCGGAGAACGCCACCACGACCGGAGGACUUCUUCCGCUAGCUCUUCGCGCCGUGUGUUCCGCACUUCCGCUGUCAUCUUGCCAAAGUUCGCACAUCUGGCUCUGAGCAGAAAAGCGGGCGCCUCAACUUAGCGCCGGACGCAGUUAGUAUCUGUGCCGCGUGAGUUUUUCCUGGGCCGCAAAUGAGUCAAUGCGCUCAACAGAGAUAAGUCGGCCUUUUCCAUUUCACAGUUACCGACAGUCCCAGGUGUCUGCAUUCGCUUAACUGUGUCUCCCUCCAGACAUGUCGGACAUGUGAGCCGUGCAGACGGACGUCUGUAAGGUACCCCGAGAAGACUGAGAUGCGUUAAACAACAGAUGUGUAAACCCUGAACCUCAGCUCCAAAGGAAACAUGGGCAUUGACCCGCAAUUCUCCACAGAGGACGGCGCGGCGAACGAGCCAGAGCCACAUGACGACACUCGCGGGACCUGCGGAGGUGCCGGGGACACAAAACAGGUCUGCCUCUCCCUCAUCCCUGUGAAACGGCUCGAACACCUCUACGUUUACCGAGCCUUUUUUGCGAAAACAUUUCGUCGCAUAGUGACUCGAUUCUAGCGGGCGACACUGUGAGUCGCGCGACUUCUCCAAGCCUCUCUGCGGCAGUGUCUUCUUUCUUUCUCGAUCCCGUCUGCCCGCAGCACUUCUUCGUUUCGUCAUACUGUUUCUUCUAGACCUCCUGUCUGCCCAUUCUUACCAUUCACGUUGCUUCGGCCUCGCCUCUUCGCCCCGACGUCUCCAGAGUGUCUCGAUCCGGCCUCAUACGCGCCUUUUCUGUCCCGUUUCGCGCGUCUCCACGACUUUUUCGGCUUUCACUCUGCUCGAUUUCGCCCUGGUCCGCCUCCGGUCCCUGGAAUACGCCUCGCUGCUACUGCUUUCUUGCCAGCUUCACCCUCCUUUGUUUCUUGUGCCCCUUCACUGUUUCCCCAUGCAUCCGCGCGUGUCAGACUCUUCGCCUCAUCCGCCUUGCGCAGGUCGCGGCGUCCUCUUAGCUUCUGUCAAACAGGAAGAUGAUCUUUCAACGGUGGAAGAGCAGAUUCCUUCCUCCUCUUUAGCUCACAUUUCCUCCUCCUCUUCCCGUUCUCCGCUGUUUCCCCUGUAUACGUUUCCUUCGUCCUUUCCAGAUGCCCCUGCCUGUAUCAACCCCGCUACGAAUUUUCCCCUGCAUAGUCUUCCCCCGGAGUCUCCGGUCUCCUCGUUUCUGUCUUCUCUCUCUUGUUCCCGCACUUCUGUUGGCGCUUCGAAGGUCUCCGUUCCGUCUUUCCUCGUCCCGCAGGCGAAUCGCGGCGGCUCUCCUUCUUUCUAUCGACUAGCACCUUGCCCUGCUACCGGUCCCGCCUUCUUUUCGCUUCUCUGGGACGUCACGUCCGAGCAACUUCCUCGGCCGCUGCCGCCUGUCUGCUCUCCUGCUCGGCUUCCGUUGCACCACACGUUCCCUUUCUUCUUCACUGCGCUUGUCGACCCAAGUGCUGCCGAAGCAGCGGCGCCCAAAGGCUCCAGCAAUCCCUGCGUCUCCUCGCCCCGUCGAGCGGAGGCGGGGACACAGUCGGUCUCUGCUUCGCCUUCUCCGUUCUCAGAGCAAGGCGACGCCGGUCACGGGAGCGCCCGGGAACGGCGAGAAGAAGGAGAGGAAGAAGAAGACGUGUCUCGCAGAGAGGGAAGGGGACGCACAGCCGCGCGGAGCUUCGCGGCCCGGCUGUACAGGCAGCAGGACGUGUGGCGACGAGCGCGAGGUAUAUCGGGGAACCUCUUCAUCGACAAUUUCCGACACCAGCGGUUGGGUGAAGUCCGGUUGGACGAACUGUCCUAUUUCUUCGAGACUUGUUAUCUGCGGACCCUCGGCGUCAGCACGCAACGAGGUCUUUGGAGUAACCACACUGCGUCUGUCACGCGUCUGGCUCUGGACCACACCGGACGCUUCUUGCUGAGCGGCAGCGUGGACUGUCGCGUCUCCCUCUACGACCUCGACGCAGAUCUGCUGUUCGCCCUCAACGACGGACAGGGCCCGAUUACGCGGCGCCUUCCUCUCGGCUUCGUCACUCGCAGGGAAAAGCUCAAACCGCCGAAACGCAUCCUCCACCCCACGCACUGCCAAGCGCGGCUUCCGCCGCUUCCAGGCUCUCUCGCCUCUCCUCUCCCAGGCACCAGUUCACGUCUUUCCUCCUCUUCGUCCUCUUUUUCCUCGGUUGCUUCUUCGUCCGCUUCUUGUUCUUCUCUGGGAGGGAGGAGAGGAGCGGGACGCGGGCACUCGCAACGCGUCACGAGUGUCGCGUGGCUUCCGACCGACAACGGCCUGUUCGUCUCGGUGGGUCUCGACCCCUUCGUCAAGGUAUGGGAUACGCGUGCUUGGGAGUGUGUGUACGACAUUCCACUAGGCACAGGGAUCCACUGCUGCGCCUUUUCUUCCUGUCUCUCCUCGUCUGUCCUCUCUUCCGGAGACGCGAGACGGAACUCGCAACCGUUCGUGGAGAACAGACACGCCCAGGCGACCUCUCCUCUCUCGCCUUUGCUUGCCUGCGGCGGCAGCAAUGGAAGUCUACAACUCUGCGACCUCCGUCUCGCCGCGCCCACGCUCACUCUUCUCGGCCACCAAGGUUCGGUGCUCAGUGUCUGCUGGCACCCUCGGCGGCCCUUCGAGAUCUUUUCGGGUGGCCAAGACGGGACGAUGCGAACGUGGGACAUCAGGCGAGGCGACUCGCCUCUCCUUCAGUUCAAUCAUCUCGUCCCUGACGUCGAAUUCCUCGAAAUCCAUGGAACGACGCUGCCUCCGACUCUCGGCAGUCGCGACUCUGCGGAGAGAGAUGACCUUUACGACGCACUGCCCUCUCGUGGCGCUUCCUGCAAACAGACACUUUCAAAAGCAGAAGAGCCGCGACCGUGCAGCUCUCGAACCCUCUCUUCUCCCUCUUCUUCUUCAUCCUUACCUUCUUUUUCUUCGUCCUGUUCAUCAUCUGCAUCCUCCUCUUCUCCACCAUCUGUUUCUCCAAAUGCUUCCUCUUCUUCUUCGUCGUCUUCUGUGGCCUUCGCGUGUGCCAUCCCGUCUCUGGACGAGCUUUCAGAGCUCUGGGAAGAGGCGCCUUCUCUGUCUUCUCUGUCCUCUCCGUCGCGUUCUUCUGCUUCGUCUUUCUCCUCUCCAGGGCGGAGGAAGUCGCAUCAACUCCCUCCGGAUUUCUUCGGUCGCCGCGACGCGUUUCAAGAUAUUCGCUCUGCCUUGCCUGCCUCUUCCCCCUCCCCUUGUUCUCGACGCGCCUCUGUCGCAGAACUGGAGCAAGAUGCAGAAGAGCAAGCGAGGGCAUGGCGCACCCUUCUAAGCCACAACUCGAAACGCAUCUCGUCUUCAGUCUCUUCCUCUGUGUCUUCUUCGAGUGGUAGACUGUGCGGCCUUUCUGGGGUCGCUCUGUCGCCAGGGCACCGAGAAAGGAUGGAAGGAAUGCAUGCAGGAGAGGGAGAACAGCAAAGCUCGAGUCUGCGUUGUGUGUCUCCUGAAGGCACCAGACAGGACGUCGGACGAGCGCGGAGAAACACUCCAGAGGCUUCGCCUGCUCGUCUCCAAGUUAAGAGAAGGAGACGCGGAAAAGCGUUGCUCCCCUACAUGCCCUCUCUCGAGAGAAUUUACCGCCCCCUGGUGGCCGAGCAGGGACAGGGAGAACAAGAGAAGAGAGAGAGAGUGCGAGCAGUGGAGGAGACUCGAAGGACGGAGGGAGAGCAACGGACGCAGAGAACGAGUGAAGUCGACCAAGACGCAUGCGAGUUUUCUUCCAGAUCUCCUGCCCACAUAGAGAAAGAAGGCAGACAAGCGAACUCGGUGUCUUCUCGCGGACGAAGGGAACAGCCGGAAGGUGUCUCGGCGACAGGUGGAACACAGAGAACGCGAGCGGAACGAAACCAAUCCGAAGGCGGAUUGAUGUCGUUCCGCUGUACAGACACCGAGAACAACGCGCGAAAAAAACAAGUGUUCACUUCCUCGAACUCCUCUUCAGCAACUGCGACCCAGAGGACUUCCUCGCUACGAAAGCCACGAAGUCGUACCUCUUCCUCUUCUUCUUCAUCUUCGUCGGUAUCUUCUUCUUCCUCUUCUUCCUCCUCUUCCUCUUCUUCCUCUUCGUCUUCGUCGACUUCUGAGAACUCGCAGAGCGAUGGCGAAGGAACGCGGGAGAGAAGAGCUGUAAGGCUGAAUGGAGGAGAACGGAGAAGAGGCGAAGCCGCGCUACGGUCACCCUCGCGCGUGAAGAAAAAGAAUUCUUUCCGACCUUCUUCUCUUCCUUGUCUGCGUCCUGUCACUUCGCAUGCACGAGCUGUCAGAGGAGACCCUGAGUCGCUUCUGUCUGAGAGCUGCGCAGAGUCCCUCUCCACAUCUCUUGUCUCCUCUGCGGUCUCUCCGUCGCCUUCCGCGUCUCGAGGGUCUCUCUGUGGGGAGAGACGGCACGAGAGGCAGACAGAGGGCUCACGCGACCUACGGGGGGAAAGAGAAGUUUUCGACCAAAACGAAAGGAGAGCAAGCGCGGCGAGUCCGACAAGAUGCGGGGCAUCUUCCAAGGAAGAGGAGCGCAGAGACGAAGAAGCGUCUGUUUCUGCCGCCUCGCUUAUUGCGGAGUAUGGAACGCUCAUGCGGAGACAUCUUCAGACUCGCGGCCGAGGCGUCUCCUGUCCUCCCAGAUGUCGCCGAGCAUCUCAUCUGUCUUCUUCUCACCCUUCUUCUCCUGCUCGUCUCCCUCCUUCUUCUUCCUCACGGAGAGGCGCCCUUAUCGUUUGCGGGGAAACGAGUAUCUCUCUUUCUGCACGCACUUCCUCUCCUUUAUCUAGAGGAAGCGAUUUUGCGAGGCCUGAGAGAGGCCGAAGAGGGAGACAAGUCGGUUCUUCUCCGUCCACAUCUCGCGGUGUUCCUUCAUCUUUUUCGCGUUCUUCAUCCUCGUCUUCUCGUUCUGUAAAUCCUCCUCGAGCGCCGAGAGCCGCGCGAGUCGCAGCCGCAAGCAUUGAUGCGAAGAAAGAACCAAGUCGAGAACUUUCGUAUUUAGGGCGGCGAGAGGGGGUCACCGACCGUCUUCUUCCCGCAGUUGCUUCUCGCAAACUCGGCCGCUUUUCUCUCCACUCUCCGGCGCCGCCUUUGCCGUCUGCCUCGGCCUCUGGCUUCGCCCACGAAGAAGGCGUCACGGAAAUCGUCAGCGAUGGGCACUUUGUCCUCUCUGCAGGUGCGGACGGCUGCAUGCGUCUAUGGAACGCAGAUCGAGGCUCCCAUUGCUUCGUUCACUACGACCUUCUCAGUCCUCUCCCGCAGCGCCCCAGAGGCAGAGGGCGAGGGGACAGAGGGCGAGGAGACAGAGGGCGAGGAGACAGAGGGCGAGGCGGACCCAAUAGGGUUCUCGACGUUUUGGAGGAAGAACAGGGUACACGAGUUCGAAGAAGACUGGGUCGCCUGGAGGCGUCAGAGGUGUUUUCUGAGGGCAGAAAGAGAGCGCGAGGAAGCGCACAGUUCGCUUCCACGCAGUUCACUUUAAGUCCUUCAGGGCGCUUCGUCUUGACGGGGAAAGGUGAGGGUCUGGUCGUACUGGAAGUCGUGACUGGAAUCCGACAGGAGGCGCGUGCAUCGGCGGAGACGCACAGAGACCAAGUGAGAUGCGUCGUCUGGAACGAGAAGCGACGAGAAGCCUAUGUGGGUCUUGGCGACGGAAGCAUCAGCGUCUGGGAUACCGGCGGAUUCGAGUGGCUUCGUGCGGUCUCGGACGACGAGGAUGAGGAGGAAGACGAAGCAGACUGGGAAGAACUUGGUCUAACACCGGAGGAGAACCCUGUCCUGCACAUCAGGCCCGCCUCUCUUUGACAGACGAAGCCGUCACCCACACCGGUGCGCAAAAGGCACUCAGGAGACAGGAAAAAGGGCGACAGAAAACAGUUGACGGAGUCCGGGUGGACAGGCAAAGCCUUUUGCGAUGUCUCGAUUUGCAUGCGCGGCCCCCAUGGAGGUGCCACAGGUGCCGUUGCAAAUUUCAGAAGGAAAAUAGAAAGCAUCUGAGCCUCAGAACCGCCAGGAAAUUGGCGUCCAACAUAAACAACCCAGUACCGUUUGUACAGACUUGACUCCUCAGUUUAAGGCAAGAGUCCUUCGUGGACAGCCCGUGGUGGUACAGUCUGUAGCGUGGUUGCUCUCAACGUUUGCUCGUCUGUACGAUGCCACCUGCUCACAACCGACUUCCGGG